ACGUACAUUGUGUCGCUUUAAUGGAUUACUAGUGUAUGUAAACCACUUCAGAGAUUGCUUUUGAAUAGUUUUGAUCGAUUCAUAAUUGUAAACGGAUAUAUUUAUGACACUAUGUUUUCUAUCAAUUUAGAAAUAUUGCAUGACCGCACGUUUGGCGUAAAAUAUAUUUGCCAGUAGCUGGGGGGCCUGCGUAUACGGGAGCUUACCGCGUUUAAGUGAGAAAGUUGUUGCAAAACUUCAAAGAUGGCGUCGUUUUAGUGUUUUUCGUGAAGGAGUAGCGGAUAUUUUCAUCCGGGAAACUUGGUGAGUGACAGGCUUUACGGGGUAUGAACCCGAUUCGAAGGUCAGACGCCACACUUUGGUAAAAGGGACCCAUUCCCGGUCACGAUAGGGACGUCUGUAUCACAGAUCUCAAUAUCAUGAUGUUCCAAUGCACGCGGUUACUGGGCCUUUUGAGUCUGAGUAUCAUCACCCAUGUGGCAAUCGGCCUGCGCAUAGGUGCAUUCAAUAUCCAAGUGUUCGGACGGUCGAAAAUGGGAAAACCGGAGGUUGUGAGUGUUCUAGUGGACAUAUUAUCGCGAUAUGACAUCGUUUUAGUACAGGAGAUACGCGACAAUAGCGGCGAGGUCAUAACAGAGCUAGUCGCUUAUUUGGCGGCUUCCGGUAACAAGUUUCAAUUCGCCGUCAGUUCGCGCCUGGGUCGCACGUCGAGCAAGGAGCAGUAUGCGUUCUUGUACAGACCGGAAAUGGGCAUCAGUCUGAUGGACGAGUAUGUGUUCGACGACGGAAAUGAAACGCUCAAUACCGCGAACGUUUCGAUGGAUUUGUUUGAACGAGAGCCGUAUGUCGUGAUGUUCAAAUCUACGAAGACGAGGUUGGCAACGUUCGUCUUAGCAGGAAUACACGUCUCGCCAAGCAAAGCUGUGGAAGAAAUCAAUCAUCUGGCGGACGUGUUUGCUGACAUCAGACGCAAGUGGACCAUAAACGACAUCAUGGUGCUAGGCGAUCUGAACGCUGGCUGCUCAUACGUUUCACAAAAGGACUGGGACCGCAUUCCGCUGAAGCAUGAUCCUGCUUACGCAUGGCUGCUUCCAGACGACACCGACACCACAGUAGGAGGCACCCAUUGCGCUUAUGAUCGGUUUGUAAUGACCGGAUAUAACUUCCGGCGAGAGUAUCUAAACGACAGCGCUAUAGCGUUCCGCUUUGAUGACGCAUACGGACUUCAUCACACUUUUGCGUUAGAAGUGAGUGACCAUUAUCCAAUAGAAUUGCAGUUAAAGGACAGAGUGACCAGUUCCGGACUUACAAUCGUUACACUACCCAGUGGUUAUGACAUUAUUUUCCUAAUGUUUUCAUACACUCGUAUGUACAUGGAGAUUUAGGAUAUUAAUUGGGACGGUCUUCAUAAAGUGUAUUA